AUGUCAACUGAUAAGCCUGAAUUAGAAAAGCGAAAGCAGAUUAGUGUUCGUGGAAUUGCUGAAAUUGAAAAUGUUGCUAAUUUAAAAAUGGCUUUCAAUCGACAUCUCCAUUUCGACAUUGUCAAGGAUAGAAAUGUUGCCACUCCCCGUGAUUUCUAUUUCGCCCUUGCUAAAACCGUUUGGGAUCAUCUUUGCUCCCGUUGGAUUCGUACUCAGCAGGCCUAUUUUCGUGAAGAUCCCAAGCGUGUGUAUUAUCUGUCGUUAGAAUUCUAUAUGGGAAGAGCCUUGACAAAUACGAUGUUAAAUGUAGACAUUACUGCUGCAAUUGACGAGGCUCUGUAUCAAAUGGGUCUUGAUAUUGAAGAAUUAGAGGAAUUUGAACCUGACGCUGGCCUUGGAAACGGUGGCCUAGGACGUCUAGCUGCCUGUUUCCUUGACUCUAUGGCAACUCUUGGUCUUGCUGCUUACGGAUAUGGUAUUCGCUAUGACUACGGUAUCUUUGAACAGGCUGUCCAUAACGGUUGGCAAAUUGAAAAGCCCGAUGAAUGGUUGCGAUAUGGGAACCCUUGGGAAAAAGGUCGCCCUGAAUAUUGCUAUCCAGUUAAUUUCUAUGGAAAUUUGGAGAGAGACGGAGACGGAAAAUUUAUGUGGGUUAACGCUCAAACAGUUUUUGCAAUGCCAUACGAUACUCCGAUCCCUGGUUACCGCAAUAAUACUUGUAACACCCUCCGUCUGUGGUCUGCCAAGGCCCCAUCUGGUUUCGAUCUUCAAAUUUUCAACACCGGUGCCUACAUUGAUGCUGUCUUUGAUCGCAAUACUGCUGAAAACAUUUCUCGUGUGCUAUAUCCAAAUGAUAAUUUCUUUGAGGGCAAGGAACUUAGACUGAAACAAGAAUAUUUCCUUGUUGCUGCCACUCUUCAGGACAUAAUUAGGCGAUAUCGCGUGACCGAGCAUGGUUCAAGGUCUUUGGAUAAUUUCGCCGAUAAAGUUGCAAUUCAGCUGAAUGAUACGCAUCCAUCUUUUGCCAUUCCUGAACUUAUGCGAAUUCUCACUGAUGUUGAAGGAAUGCACUGGGAUAAGGCCUGGAAGAUUAGCUGUGACACCUUCGCCUACACCAACCACACAGUUCUUCCCGAAGCAUUGGAACGCUGGCCAAUUAGCAUGUUGCAAUAUAUUCUUCCACGUCAUUUGGAAAUCAUCUAUCACAUCAAUCAGGAUUUCCUUGACCUAAUGCUUACAAAAUGGCCAGGCGAUAUUGACCGCAUGCGUCGUAUGUCAAUUAUUGAGGAGGAUGGUGAAAAGCGUGUCAAUAUGGCCUAUCUAUGUGUCAUCGGCUCCCACGCAGUGAACGGCGUUUCUCAAGUUCAUUCAGAGAUCAUUAAAAAAGACAUCUUCAAGGAUUUCUACGAAAUGUGGCCAGAGAAGUUCCAGAACAAGACAAAUGGAAUUACACCUCGUCGUUGGCUCCUUCUCUGCAAUCCUUCACUUUCAGAUGAAAUAAUGGAAGCCCUUGGGGAUAAUAGCUGGAUCACUAACUUUGAACGUCUAAAGGACCUCCGAGUCAUGGAAGGCAAUUGUGAUUUUCUUCGAAGCCUGAUGAGAAUUAAACGAAUAAAUAAAGAGAAGUUUACAGCCUACAUGGAACAGCAUUAUGGAAUCGAGAUUGAUCCUUCUACACUUUUCGAUUUCCAAGUAAAGAGAAUUCACGAAUACAAACGCCAAUUGUUAAACUGUUUCUAUGUGAUCGCUAUGUACAACAAGAUCAAGGCAAAUCCGGAUAUUAAGGUGGUGCCUCGUACUGUCAUGAUUGGGGGUAAAGCCGCCCCGGGUUACCACAUGGCUAAGCAGAUAAUCAAACUGAUCAAUUCCGUUGGAAAAGUCGUUAAUAACGACCCAGUCAUUGCUGGAAGACUCAAACUUAUUUUCUUGGAGAAUUAUCGUGUCUCGCUAGCCGAAAGGAUCUUUCCCGCAGCAGAACUUUCUCAGCAAAUCUCGACCGCUGGGACUGAAGCUUCGGGAACUGGCAACAUGAAGUUCAUGGUCAAUGGUGCUCUUACCAUUGGUACUAUGGACGGAGCCAACAUUGAAAUGUGCGAGGAAUGUGGACGAGAAAACAUGUUUAUCUUUGGUAUGACUGUUGAUCAGGUCGAGGAACUCAAACGCAAAGGAUAUGAUUCAAAAGUGUUUAUCGACGCAUGUCCCGAACUCCAGCUUAUCCUUUCCCAGAUUGAGAGUGGUUACUUCUCACCGGAUCAACCAGAUCGUUUCAAGGAUAUUGUAGAUACAAUGAAAUAUGGUGACCGAUUCAUGGUUUGCGCCGACUUUGCUGAUUAUCUCAGAUGCCAAGAUGAAGUUGAUAAGGCCUACUUGAAUCAAACCAAAUGGGCUAAGAUGAUGCUGGCUAAUAUUGCUGGUUCAUGGAAGUUCUCCUCUGAUCGUACUAUCCGAGAAUACGCCAAAGACAUAUGGGGAGUGGAACCACGCGUGGAGAAGAUGCCCGCGCCUUUCGAAAAUCCCCAUGUCUAUGGAAAGUAG